GUCCCAGGUCACAUCUUGUCUCACCUUCUUGUCCACGCAAACAUGGAGUAUAGGUUGCACUGUAACGCAACUCAUAACGCUGUGUGCGGAUGUAAAGCUAACUACAGAUGCAAAGACCAAUCCUGUGAACAAUGUGUGCCGAUACCAUCCACCACCACCAAAUCCACACUCCCUCCAUCCACUACAGCCCUCACAACGGUCGGCACACCUCAACCAAUCAGAGAUGAAGUGUGGUUCCUGGUGAUAAUUACCCUCCUGUGUGCAGGAAUCACAAUCGCUGUUGUAACAAAAAUCAAGCCCUUUAUGUUCUGGAUCAAAUCCAAACACGGCUACCGUUUGGCUGAAGGCUCUCCAUCAGUACCAUCAGGCUCCGAAGAAGUAUCUACGCCUGUCCAGGAAGUGCUUGGGAAAUGUGAAGUAUGAGCAAGGAUUUGACAGGCGAACAUCUCCCGUUGCUUUGGACAUUCAUGACAACUGGGGGCCAACGUUACUCGGCCCCGUGCUGACGAAUGCAACCACAGAAAACAUUUGUUUCACUUCGAAUGAAACUUGACUGUUUGACAAGUGUAUAAAAACACAGAUUAAGAAUCUGAAAGACAAUGAACAUCCCGGAUGUGAGGGGUUGUAUUGGCCAUGCAGGAGUUAGAAAUUGUGCAGAGUUAAGAGAUAUUUCACAUCUUAACAUUUAUAGGUGUAUAUAUAAAUAGACUUUUCAGAUAAUACAUGUCAAAUGGGAAUAUUUUUAGGAUGCAUUUCUACUUUUCUUUCAAUAUUCUAAAUACAAUUGCGUUCUUAUCAAAAUGCCUCAUAUGCAAAACAUUAAACAUUCAGAUAAAAUACUUGAAAGCAA